CGGUGUUCAAACAGUCUUGCGGCUCCGUCGAGUUUCCAUCCAGCCGACGAUUACUGGAAAAAACACCCCAACAAAUUCAUUUAGUUCUGUUUUUGUUUAUGUGACUGAAUUUAUUUUCCCACCUUACUGCUUCGGUUUGUCAUGGCGCACAAACAGAUCUACUAUUCUGAUAAAUACAACGACGACCAGUACGAGUACAGGCAUGUUGUUUUGCCUCGAGAGCUGGCCAAGCAAGUGCCCAAGUCUCACCUGAUGUCUGAGGACGAGUGGAGAAGGUUGGGAGUGCAGCAGUCUCUUGGAUGGGUGCAUUAUAUGAUUCAUGAACCUGAGCCCCACAUCCUCUUAUUUAGAAGGCCUCUUCCAAAACAAUGAUGUCUGCAGCCCUCAGAUCUUCUGGAACCUUCCCGUGGAUUAUUCUGGUAUUCAGUGAAUACUUGCAACCUUUACUAAGUAUACGACUUCCUGUGCAUGAGCUGGAUUUUUCUCAGCGACUGCGCUCAGUCAGAAAAUGAAGACGAUGCAACGUGUUAAAGCAUGGAAUUUAAAAAAGGGGCUUUUAAACGAGCAAAUCGUGUCUACUGUCUGACCAAAGUGCCUAAUUAUGACUACUUAAAAUGAUCAAGAGUGUUAAGUAAAGUUUUUUGCUGCAUCUUUAGCAUUGAUCUCUUAAAAAAAAAAAAAAAUCAGUGUUUUGUUGUCUGGGGAAAAGAAAGCAUUGUAAACUAAUGACUUGCAAUUCAAGCACACAGUUGUCUGGAUGGGGUGCACAUUGGCCAAGCUAGGAAUGAUGCUUCUGGGAAAGCAACCAAAGAACCUCUGUAGUAAAUGUAAUCUCGCUCGUCUUGUCUGAAUCCGGCCCAGGAGAGCACCUGCACAUGUUUUUGCCUGAUUCAAAUUGGGCUUGAUUAUCUAGUGAGUUGAAUUAGGGGUUGCAGAGCAGUUGAACCAUGUAUCUUCUUAUAAUGAUGGUCUGCUUUAUAGUGCUUUUACACCUGAUUGAACUCAUCUGUGAAACAUUAAGCUGCUUUUUAAGUUCAGUCAGGUAUGUUGGGUUAAGAAAUGCACUUCAAUGCAGGAGAGACCCCUGGUGGAACCUAAAACCAGUAUGUUUUUAAUGUUUCUGGGGGGAAAAAAAAAAUGUAAAAGGUUGCAAGGGAGCCCAUGAGCACCCCCGAGGACUGCCACAAGUACUGCUGUAUGUUUUGGUUAAAAAUUUGGGAAUGUUUGGGCUUGUGUACAAAAAGAUAAUCAUACAUGAUCAAAUAAGGACUGAUGAUUUGACGUGGACGCACCUUGUGGUGUAGAAAUAUUCAUUUUUAAAUCAUGUUUACUCUGUAAGGAAGUGAAUUGUGGCUGUAUUCUGGCAGUGACCAAAUUCAAAAUACCAAAUAAUUUUCACAUUAUCAAUCCAGCUUGUUGUGUACAAUUUAAUAAACACAUUUUUCAUAUUGAA